AUGAAAAUUCAAUUCGCAGAGAAAGUUCAUGAUUUCGAGCCUUUUGAAGCUGCAGAUUCUGGUUAUAUUACGAAUGUGUUCAAAUAUGUAAUUAACAAAUUGUUGACUGAAAACUUUCCUCAACAUAUAACAAUAAUCUUUAUAAAUGAUGGUGAUGAAAAGUUUGAUCUUACAGAGAUUUAAAGAAUGAUUGAAGAAGUUUAAAAAAAAAUUCUAAAUAUAAUUUAUUUCUAUUUCAAUAGGAAGUUGGUUUCCAAAUACUAUAUCUAAUCAAUUAAGAAAUUUACUUCACAAUACAAAUUUUAUAGAACCUCCACAAUAAAGAUCCUAAAAGAACAGAUGAAGAAAUCUUUGAUUUUUUUGACUCUGUUUUUUAUAAAAUAAAAGCAAAACUAAAAUGUAUUAAGAUUUGUUUGAAACAGAUGUAGAAGCAAAAUUGACUUUAGUUUCAAAAUCAACACACUUAUUGCUUGCUGGAGCAUUCUUUUUAUUUGAAAUAGAAGUCACUAUCAAUGGUUAAAUAAUAAAGCCUACUAACAAUAUAUUUGAUAAGAAAAAAAUAGUUUUUGACUCUGUAUCAUAAGCAAUAAUAAUUUUUGGAGGUGAUCCAGACAAUGCAAUUUAAGAAAGAAUUGAAGAAAAGUUUUAAGAAGUUUAAAAAUUUGGGAGAGAUAUAGGGGUUGAAGAAUAUAAUUAAUAAAAUUUAUACUAUUAAUUGACAGAAUAAGAAUAAAUAAUUCAAAUAUAAUUUAAGAAUGCUUAAUUAAUUGUGAAUUAAUUUGCAGGAGAUGUUGAUAUUGAUUAAUGCACUCUUGAAACUUUAAUAGGAUUAUAAGCAUCAUUAUCAAGCCCUGCAGCUGAUUCAAGCUUAAUAAUUUAGAUAAUAUCUUAAUUAUUAUCAGUAAAGGAGGAUUUUAGUAAUUUAAACCCUCAAAACAUUCUUAAAACUCAAAAAAAAAAACCUUAAUUAGUGUGGAUGUUAAGCUAGAGCAUCAGCUAAAAUGAAAUAAAUUGA